ACCGGCAGAUUUGUUUUUUUAUUCGCCCCGCCCUAAAUAAAAUCGAAGGCGCUUAAACGUUCAUUUACGAUUAUAACGAUAUGUAUACGAUAUGUGAAAACUAUAUUGAGGGAAAACAUUGAGCGGUCCCAUUACGUCAGUAGCUUUUAUAUUCACAUAACGUUAUCACUUUUGGUUCAUUUAUCUGAAAGUUUUUAUAUAUGUUAAACUAUAUUACAUAAAAUAAAUCCCACUGCGGAGAAAGUCGCAUAGCUCAAGGGGAAGUAGUCGGGCAAGUCCCCGGAUGUUGGAACGACGCAGGCCGCUAACGUGUGGCUAAAGCUAACUAGCUACAUUUAAAGACGCCCUCGCUUUUAAAGAAACAAAACAAAAAGGCCGAAAAUGUUCGGUACUUCGAGGAUCGGUGGGGUUCGAGGAGGCCAGGACCAGUUCAACUGGGAUGACGUCAAGGUGGACAAACACCGAGAGAAUUAUCUGGGAAAUUCCCUCAAGGCUCCAGUGGGUCGAUGGCAAAAAGGCAAAGAUCUGACGUGGUACGCUAAAGACAAAACCGGUCGCACCAGGACGAAAGAGGAGGAGCUCGCUGCCGUCAAGGCUGCAGAACAUGAAGCAUUGAUGGCUGCCUUAGGUCACAAGGUUAUAAAGAGACAACCCACUGGACUGACAAAAGAGGACUUGGCAGAUAUAUGCAGACGAGAAGAUGAUGAAGGCGAAGAGAAAAAUGUGGAUCGGCUCUCCGGGUUGGGAAGUUCCGGCGCCGGCUCACGCAAAAUGGUCCUCUCCCAAAAGGAAAAAGAGGCUGUGAGAAUGGGCCUGCAGGUUUUUACACACCACAAGACUGCAAAUCGUCCAGAAACCUCAACGGCGACGCCAUCAGAGAGUGCCGAAAAAGAAGUAGUGGAGCCGCGUCAGGAGAGCAAGAAGAAAAAGAAAGAAAAGAAGAGCAAAAAGGAGAAAAAGAAGAAGAAGAAAAAGAGGCAGAGAAGCGACACAUCCUCUUCGGAUUCAGACGACGACAGAAAGAGAACCCGUAAGGACCACCACCAUCGUAAUCCAUCAUACCGCAGUCAGAGUGGAGCCAGACCCUAUGACAGCCAUUCAAGGGGGGGACCAAAGGCACAGCAACAGCCCCCACGCCCCCAUCAGCGAGCGCAGCGCCACGACACAGACUCCUCCGACGGGGGGUCCCCUGUCCCCCGUAACCCCUCGGGCCACAAGACGGCCCCUGGCCGUGCCGCACAAAGCCGCAGGCGACGCCACGACACAGACUCGGACAGCUAAUGUGCUUCUGCGCCACCCGGGCCCCGCCCACUCACUCACUCAUAAAGGCGCCCUUCAGAAGCUUGACCGCUCCUGAAGACCUCAUUUACCUAAUGGAGGCAUUUUUGUUGAUAGCCUUUUAUGACCGCCUCUUUGUUUGUUUUUUAUCUCACAAUCACAACGAUUAAACCUUUAAAAUAUCAUUCAGCAUUAGCCUUUAGUUGUUUUUGGGUGCAUUACAAACGCCGAAUUCUAUCAAUCUCUAUUAUUUUAAAGCGCUACAAAAGUUGAAAGGUUUUAAAAUGUUUGAUAUCCCUGUAUUGAAGUUACCAAUAAGAUUGCCUACCGAAAUAUCAUGUACCUGAAAGCGAAAUGACGAGCGUGAAAAUGACUAACAAUCUAACGGAGUACUUUGACUUUAUUUUACAGCGAUUAAAGCAUCCUUGUGCAGUUA